AUGAGUCCCUCAGGCUCCGACGCGCCGGAGCCCUCUAGUCAGUGGCAAAUCUACAGACAGAAGACCCAUGCGGCUGACGUUAUGUCUCCGCAGCAGUUAUUUUCGCCGCCCCCAAUGCCAAGGCGAUUAAGUAGGACUACCGCUGCCACGCAGAUGACACCCCCCCAGGUCGCUCCUAUACUCUUUCGAAAUGGAUCACCUCAACUGUCUGCUCAUUCUGGGGAAGGAAACAUGUUCGAAGAUCCGCAGCUCCUGUCCAAAAACUCGAGGGUACCAUUCGCCACAGCGUAUCAAUCUCCCGGCGGAGGCGAGCAUCCUUUAGGACAGCCACUACAAAACCCACAAGACGGAAGCCAAGCACAUGCGCAGAGCUCCGUGCAGCAGCGCACCGGCUCCUUUGCGUUACCUCCCACAGCAUCCCACGGGUCGCGGGCUAGCCAACAAGAUGGCGACAGUCCAUUCGACGAAACCGUUGGUCCUACGGACGAUGGGGACAACUAUGCUAACCAGGCCGACGCCACCGAUCCAAGCUUCGAGAAGGACGGCGAAGAAAGCGCCCAAGGGGGCGCUGAUGAGUACGAGUAUGAUCAGGAGGAGGAGGGCGCUCCCUACGACGAUGGCUUUGAUCCUGACAAGGACGACGUUUUCGAAAAGGUAGAGGAGUACGAUGUUACAACUCCUGAACAUGAAGGUGACAACCCUGACGAGGAGGAGGCUCACUCCAGUGGGAAUAUGCAGCAAUCAGUGAGUGCAUCAGGUUCGGACCGAGCAGAUAAUGGACCCGCCAUGGCCAUGUGGACGGAAGGGUCGGAUUCUAACGAAAGAAUUCGACGCACUCCCAGAUCCAGCCCCUCUGCUUCUGAGAGAUCUACGGGCUCUGGGCGGGGGUCACGCCAUUCUGACGUUUUUCGAGAGGCAGAGGCGAUGGUGGCAGCAGACGCCGAGUAUCUCGCGCCUUCUGAGUCGGCGAAAUCCCCUGCACCCCGUCGUGCGGUACAUCCGAGUGGAUACCCCACUGCACUUCAGUACCGUGAAGUGCCACCCACCCCCCCGUCUCCUCCAACCGUAGCAGCUCUGGUAGAGUCUUUCACCGCACGCAGACAUGCCGCUGAGUCUGUUGACGCGAAUCCAGUCAGCACCAUGGCACCUUCCGCAGGAUUAUUUCAGAAGUUAAUUUCGGUUUGGAGGAGUUCAGAAUUAGCAGGCAUAGACAAUGCGGACCGGGGAACCAACCGUUUGGAUUCCAGUCUUGCGGCAAUAUAUCGCGGUGACCAAAACGUGUCGCAGGCAACGACCCAAGAUUCCACUUUACCGUCUGGUGACACAGAUCUCAUUCCGUCGAAGACGGUCCAUGCCGAGAGCCCGAGGAGCAGACGCCGCAGGGCAAUUAGGAUGGAGCCGGGGUCCCCUGUACAUCAGGACCUCCAAAGGGCGCAUGAAGCCAGCACGGAAUCAGGGCGUUAUUCUGCAGAUGAGAGAGGUUCCAUUGCGUCAUUCAGUGAUGCGUUUUCCUCAGAGAAGGAACGUUCUUUCCUUCAUACAGGACAGGGCGAAGGAUAUAACUGGGAUGAAGCGAUACAGGGUGACCAGUCUGCUGGAAUCCCGCUGUCAUCCAGCGCGAGUCAGGAUCAGCGAAACAGUGAAAUGCGCACCGAUACUAGCAGGGAAGCGACACCAGGACGGAGCCGACCACCCCUCCCACCAUCACCACGUGCUUCCCGUCGGAGAACGAAGACCACCCACAGCACAAGCACUCACGGCACUCAAGGCAGAACUGUCGCUACCGAUGGCAACGUAAUUAGAAUUGAUCGGCGCCAUCUUGAUUGGUUAACCAAAGAAUUGCUAAAUGCGCGUGACAUGUUAUCUAGGCAAGAACUUCAAAUGACUUUCCACGAGACACAGCGUGUCGAACAAGAAGAAGAACUUCUGCUGGACAAGCAGAACGCUGAAUCGGUUGUGGGUGCAAUGACACAAAUUUUGGCCGAUAGAGAGGGCGAGCUGAAGGAUGCUAGGAGUCGAUUGAGUGUGGCGAUUGAUAGUGUGGGCACCACCACCCAGGCCAGAUCGUCAUUGGCAUCGUCGAGGAACUCUAUGUCUGCUGAGAGCCAAAACCUGAAUAAGCUGAUCACAGAGGGUCAUGCCAAUUUGCAUUCUCGCUUUGACGAGUCAGACAAGAAGGGUGAGCAGAUUGCAGACCAAAUGACAAAAGAGACGAGAGGGCUUUGGGCUGAAGUGCAGAGGGCAAUGGUUCAACAGAUGACCGAAAUGACGGAGAAGAGGGACGAAGAACUCGAGCUUUUGCGGCAAGAGUUAGAGCAUAGGCAAAGCCUCAUCGCCAAUCUGCAAAAGUCAAGUGAAGACUUGCUAUCCAAGAACACUGGAUUCCAGAGUGACAUCACUACAAUGCGCGCUGAGAGACAGAGAGCUGACCAACGUUACCAAUUGGAAAUGGCCCAUGUUGGUGCUCAGGUUGAACUCGUGAAUGAGUUCUCUAAGAAACUACACGACAACUUCAGGGAAACGGAGAACCUUCGCCAGCAGGUCCUGCAGUAUCAAGACAAACUGUCUCACAUUACGAGCACUUCAGGCGUCAGUCAAAGACAGAUCAAGGAGCUCAGGGAGGCCGUGACUAGAGCGAACGAUGAUUGUGCUCGUCUUCGUCGGGAAGCAGAUCUUGCGAAGAGAAAGGGAAUGGAAGCAGUUCGUCGAGCUGAAGAGUUAGAGGAGUUGCGUCACAAGGACGCGGCCGCGCACAGCGCUAGUAGGUUUCCCGAUCGCCAAGCUAGAACAGAUUCUAGUUCCUACCGCAGUCACGAACCCAUACGUCCUGCCGGUCAAAACAGACCUGGAGGCUCUGGUUCUGGGGCACGAUACCAUACCGCCACUCGCUCUAGGGGUAUCGCAGCAUCGCCAACGCCUGCAAAGAACGCUUGGCUAAUGAUUAAGGACAGGAUUGGAGGAAUUGUCACUGGAAAGGAGAGCAGCUCCUUGAGAAGGCGCCCCACUGGAACGCAUGUGCGACGGGAUCCGAUGCGUAAUGGGCCGCCCAGCCAGUCAUCUGGAAGCCAUUCUCGCUCUCGAGCGUCGCCAGGGGGAGAGGAUGGUCUGCCCAGGUCCCGUAGUGCCUCUGUGAAUUCUCGGUCGUCGAGAGGAUCUGGUUCCUCACUUCGGAGCGGAGGCGGUUCCAAGUCUGGAAGUCAAGUGUCACCGAUAGCGGACACACGCCAGUACAUGCGUACCUCUCCGCGAACGAGAGAAUAUGAGCCUGUGCGGGCGGCCAACUUCCUGUAGAUACAGAUAGUCUGCGCAUCGUCUAUUCCAUAAACGUAAAGGGUAUGCAAGUAAAAAUCCAUAGACAUUGAUAGUGAUGGAUUUACUUUAUCGAA